UUUAGCGCGUGCGCCUCUAAUAGACUAAUCAAUCUAGCAGCUAGGUAUGCUAUUUCUCGCGACGCGUUCGGCUCUCCAUUCAGCUUUCAACACUCCACGUGAGUGUCGCGCAGUCCGCGGAUGGCACCGGUUGCCUAUCCGGCGGACCUCCAACCGGCAAACCACACAUCAGGUCCAUCAUCGCCGGCUCCAGGAGGUUGCGAUACGGCAGCACGCACGCCGGCAGCGCGUAGCACCCGCCGAGUCUGCACGACGCCCAGUACGCCAGCGCGCGGCGAAGCGGGGGACUCUCCGCGAGCAAAACCUCGGCGGGAACCGGGCCCUCCAGGGCGCACCGCAGCGCCCACGCGCCGCCGGGGCUGCCGAACCCCACAAGAGUGGGUGGAUCGUUGCGAGCCUUCACGCAUUCAUCGAUUUUUUGCGCCUCAGCGACGAUGAGGUGCGCCAGGCGAGCUGA